UCACGACCGACGUCAACCCCGAUCUCAUGGCGCUGUGCGAACCCGAUGGACCGACCCCGUGCUGCCACGAGGGCCGCUGCAGGAACAUGGCGGCUGCCGAAUGCCGAUGCGAGAGCGGCAAUUGUUUCGAUCUCAGACGCGAGAUAUUGGCCGAGCUCGCGUACUGGCAGCCGCGGGAGAGCACGUGUAAGAUGCAGAGAUUCUCACCGCGCAAAGCCUGCACGCUGCUGCGCGUCAACGGCGUUCGUUUGGUCGUCAUGGGAGACUCGAUGCUGAGGAAGAUGUAUCAGGCUCUGAUGAUCAUCCUGCGAGACAACGCGCUGACGGGAUCACUCGCCGUCAACACACCACCAGAAAUCACCACAGAGUGCCAAGGUCAGGCGCAGUUCACUCGAACCAUUUGUGGCAAAAUGCAUCUCGCCUCUUCCAGCCGCCAUCUUCCUUCGACAGACUUUUGCCAGAAUAUCAAGAUGGCCGCCAGCGACAGACACUUCGGCGUCGAAUUCGUCAGCGCGCAGAACACGUCGACCGCCGACGUCGCUCUCGCAACGGCUCGUUCCUUGCUCCGCCGCAAGGGGUCGCUGCUCGUACUCGGCAUCGGCUUUCACGACCACUGCAACGCGGCGCGCGUCAUCGAACAAUACCUGACGCCGGUCGUCGCCGAGGUGCGAACGCACGGGCAGGGUUGGCCAAAACUGCUGUGGGUGUCCGUCGAUCACCCGGGUCUGCUGAAACCGCUGCCCUACCGUCGACUGCAGGGCAUCGAGCGCUGCGGUCCUUUCUCGCAGAAGAUCGCGCGCUAUCUCGCGAGAUUCGAGGUGCCGGUGCUGAACACGGUCGAGUUGACGAGUGACGUCAGUAGUUACGACGGCACGCACUACGCACACGGCGUGAAUGACGUCAAGGUGCAGAUUCUGCUCAAUUACGUGCUGGAGCUGUUCUUAAAGAUGCGCAGACGAACGCAGGCCGCGCGCGUUACUCACUAACACGCAGCUACACGCACACACACACACACACACACACACACACACACACACACACACACACACACAC